CUACCAUCCUUCCAUCAAUUUCCCUUCCCAGGAGCAAUGCGGCUCGAUCACUCAGUUGAGACCCGUCGGGACUACGAUAGGCAGCACACAGGCAUAGGAGGGUGGGCUCCUGAAGACCUCCAGAUAUCCUCUUACCGAGCCGUGGCCCGCAAAACUGUCAAUCCAAUUCGGCGGCUAUUCUCCAGUGGUAAAAAGAAUGAGUCUCCAAACCGAGCAAAGUCCGAUGAAAAUAAGAACAUCUCUAUUCAAGCACACACUUCGCCAUCAUUGUUAUCCAAAGAGCCAACACCCCAGCCUCAAUCUCCCCUCUUCCGCCUCCCAAUUGAGCUUCGCCAAGAAAUCUAUAAACUGGUUCUCGGACAUUCAAACAUCCACAUUGUUCUUAGACACGGAAAUCAGAUCGUACGCCAUACCCGCUGCACCUGCGCUUCCUGCCCAGGCUUCGCUACUUACCCCGAGCGCGGGAUGAGUUCCUGGCAGCGCGAAUGGAAAUGCGACACCGCGAAGUACGACUAUGGAGGCGACCGGGUAUCGCCGCAGCUGCUGCGCACUUGUCGAGAAGUGUACGCCGAAGCUAUUGAAUUUCUCUACUCCUCAAAUAUCUUCAGUUUCCGGUCGCCUUACGCCGUGGAGCGAUUCGUGGGUGGGCUUACGCCGGAGAAUCGUGAGGAAGUGAGGGCUUUUCACCUUGAUCUGAAGUUGCCCUCGUUAGGGGCUCCGAAGGACAGUUGGAAAACUAUCCACGACAUGCUGCCGAUGUUACCGGGAUUACGUGAGCUGGAGAUUAGGGUUCAUUGCUAUCGGGGACCUCGUGCGGCGAGGGAAGAGCAGGGACUGGAUUUGUUGCGGAAAACGGCCGAGGAGAAUGAGAAUUUUCCAAAGACAAGGCUGUAUUUGCCAAUCGAGGUUUUGGUUCAUGACUGGAUGCACGAAGCGCCUUUCGAAGUGUACUCGGUAGUGGAUUGGCAGUGGCUCAAAGAGCGGAGUCCUUGGGACAUGUGGCAGAUCGUGCCCAAUUAGUACCCCGAUGUCACGGGUAGAUAGGGGUACUGGGUAACGGAGGGGUGCAAAUGACAAGAUAACGACUUGCUUUUCGCCGGCGCAUAAAACGUAUGGCCACAGGGAGAAGUUCUCGCAGGUCUGAGGACGCCGGCCGAGUCGUCGAGAGGGAGGUGAUAACUUAGAAGCUCUGCGAACAAGAAGAGUAACGCUACGAGUCACUACAGCUAUUCCUUACGUGCUCCUCAUUUCGUAUGUGAGUCUAGCUACGCGCUAAUAUAACCAUCCCAAGUCUCCUUUUAUGUGGCACAGAAGUCCUCCAUCCACCCGUCAUCACCAACAGGUUAUUCA